CUCAAAGGGAAGGUUGUCUUGAUUGUCGAUGUUGCAUCGAAGUGUGGCUUCACUUCUCAAUACAAAGGUGCAGCCUUCAGGCCUCAAGCGUUGUACGACAAGUACAAGGAACGCGACUUCGUCACUCUUGGCUUCCCAUGCAAUCAAUUUGGCGGACAAGAGCCUGGUGGCGACGCCGCCAUUGGCGAGCUCAAUCACGGCGUAAACUUUCCUCUUAUGAAGAAGUCUGACGUAAACGGCGACAACACGAGCCCUGUUUACCAAUGGCUCAAGAAAAGGAAGCCUGGCCUUAUGGGCCUCACCAAAAUCAAGUGGAACUUUGAGAAGUUCUUGGUUGAUAGGAACGUGAAUCGCUGGGCAUCGACGACUACUCCUCAGGCGAUUGAUGCUACGGUGGAGAAGCUUCUUGCUGAAUACUUCGCUUUUUGUAAGAGGCAUAUUCUGUAAUCAAUUAUUAAAAAGGCUCGUCAUUCAAAUAUCUUCGAAGGGGCUGUGCUUUCAUCCUUUCCUGGUG